UAAUAUACUCAACUUGAUAGACUUACACGUAUGGGCCUAAUAAAACUGAUUAAUUAACUGAUAAUAUUCAAAUUGUCUACUUCCCCAUGUGCUACGUCUUUCAAACCUAAGUGUACAUCAUAUGGCCAGCUAAUUAGAUCCUUGUAGAUUUUAUCUGUCUGCUUCUAUACGGACUAGACCAAGUUAAUCCGUUUCACAAACAUUAAUCUGUUGUUGAGAGAUCAAACAUAAACGGCCCAUGGGCUAAUGCCAUAAGCCCCAAGAAAACAAAAUAAAGAAGAACGAACAAACAGAAAAAAAAAACACUUAGAGCAAAGAUCUGGUCACAACCACAAGACACGGAUCGAUGAAAAGAAUGGUAAAGUUUGAAAGCUCCAUGACGAAGAUGUCUGCUAAGAUGCGCCACGGUCUCACGACAGCGCUCCUUCUGUUUAUUAUGGUUCCGGUCGGUGAGGCGAUUUGGCUAGACGUGCCUCCCUCGGGAACAAAGUGCGUAUCUGAAGAAAUACAGAGCAAUAUUGUCGUCUUGGCCGAUUACAUCAUCAUCUCCGAGGAUCAUUCCAUCAAACCCACUAUAUCCGCCAAGGUGACGUCCCCAUACGGAAACAAUCUGCACCAUUCGGAAAACGUGACGCAUGGAGAAUUUGCAUUUACGACAAAAGAAUCAGGGAACUACAUAGCCUGCUUUUGGGCAGAUGCAAAGAGUCACGGCAACAAGGACGUUAGCAUCAACGUUGAAUGGAAAACUGGAAUCGCUACUAAGGAUUGGGCUUCUAUUGCUAAGAAAGAGAAGCUCGAGGGAGUGGAGCUGGAGAUUAGGAAACUUGAAGGCGCAGUCGAAGCCAUCCAUGAAAAUCUAAUCUACCUAAGAAACAAAGAAGCAGACAUGAGGACAGUGAGUGAGAAAACGAACUCGCGAGUAGCUUGGUGCAGUAUGAUGUCGCUGGCUAUUUGCAUUGUUGUCUCUGGAUUACAAGUAGUCUACUUGAAGCAUUAUUUCGAGAAGAAGAAGCUUAUCUGAGCUUUUUUUGACUCAUCCACUUCCUUGUAAGAGUUUUUGAUUAAAGGAACCAUGCAUAUUCAUUUCCCUCUCUUUUCUUUUCUCGUUUAUAUUUCUUUGGUACUUUCUGUUAGUUGAGGGCCACAAGCCUAAACAUGUUUUCUUCUCUUUUUUAUAACACUAAUUUAUUAUUGUAUUACAUAAGAAAUUAUAUCGAC